AGGAAAAUCUACUCUGCAGGAGGCCUCCAGCUCAGGGUCGCGAAUCAACAGGCCCUCCUGAGUCAUUAUAAUUUCAACACUUGAGAGGCAGUGGGGAAAUUUGCAGAGCUUGUCCCGCAGGACUCCCGCCAAGAGUUCUCAGCUCUCCUGGAGGAGGGGAAAAAGGUUGCGAGGACCUCCCUUCAGGCCUCGUUGGACGCCGCGGACUCGGAGGCUAGAACUCUUGCCUCAGGGGUAGCUAUGAGGCGUAUUUCGUGGCUGCAAGCGUCCGGUCUGCCACCUGAGCUGCAGUACACAAUACAGGACCUACCCUUUGACUGUCAGGGUCUCUUCUCCCAGAAGACAGACCCUCGCCUCCAGAGUCUGAAAGACAAUCGCGUGAUUAUGCGUUCGCUGGGAAUGCACACGCCGCAGACUCAGAGACGGUCCUUCCGUUCCCAGCCCCAACGGUCCUACCCCCCACCUCGACCGAGACAGGACUUCUCCAGGAGGAGAGCCCGGACCUCUCGUAGGCGCCAGUCUGGCCCUCAAGGGGGUAACAACUCCGGUCCCACCAAACCACCGGCGGGACCGAAACCUAACUUUUGAAGGUGCGCUCGAGAGCACCGUACCAAUUUCCCCCCAGGAUCCCGCUCAGUUCGCCAACCGCCUCACUGCUUUCUUCCCUGCCUGGUCCCAGCUAACAUCAGACCGCUGGAUCCUCAGCACGGUGGAAUGUGGCUACCGUCUUCAGUUUAUUUCGACCCCGCCUUCCCACCCUCCCUCCUUGUCCCUCUUCAGGGACCCCUCUCACGAGCAACUCCUCCUACAGGAAGUUUCAAAGCUCCUCGCGUUGGGAGCCAUAGAGGAGGUUCCAGAGGCCAUGAGAGGCAGAGGGUUCUAUUCCAGGUACUUCCUGAUUCCCAAGGCGAAAGGCGGCCUCCGCCCCAUCUUAGACCUGCGAGCUCCGAACAAGUAUAUCAGGAAGCUCAAGUUCCGCAUGGUAUGCCUGGGAAACAUCAUUCCUUCCCUCGAUCCCGGAGAUUGGUACGCUGCUCUCGACAUGAGGGACGCAUAUUUUCAUUUCGCGAUCUACCCACCGCACAGGAGGUUUCUUCGUUUCGUAGUGAACCGUCGUCACUACCAGUUUGCAGUUCUGCCCUUCGGCCUCUCCUCGGCCCCUCGAGUUUUUACCAAGUGUAUGGCAGUAGUAGCGGCCUACCUCCGUCGUCGUCACAUCCAUGUUUUUCCCUACCUCGACGACUGGCUGAUUCGAGGGUCUUCCGAGGCCAAGGUAGCCGGGCAUGUACAGUUCAUCAGAGAUCUGUUCUCUCGUCUCGGAUUGAUCAUCAAUCUCGAGAAAUCCAUCCUACUCCCAACACAGGAAAUAGAAUUCAUAGGAGCACUGCUGGACUCGAAUCGAGCAACAGCCAGCUUACCUCCUCAACGGUUCAGAGCGAUAGUUUCUCUCGUUCAGGGGUUCCAUGCCUUCCCCACUACCACUGCCCGUACCGUCCUCGGCCUCCUUGGUCACAUGGCUGCGUGCACCUUUGUCACGAAGCACGCGAGGCUACGCAUGCGCCCUCUACAACUCUGGCUCGCUUCAGUCUUUCGGCCACGAAGGGAUGCCCUGGACAUGGUAGUCACAAUACCGUCUCACGUGCUGGGCUCCCUCAACUGGUGGCUGGACCCCGCCCUAGUGUGCGCCGGUCGACCGUUUCAUCUGACUCAACCCUCGCUAUCCCUGACGACGGAUGCUUCCGCUCUGGGAUGGGGCGCGCACCUGGGCCAUCUGCAGACCCAAGGGCUUUGGUCCUUACCAGAGCUCCAACUCCACAUCAAUGUCCGGGAGCUAAGGGCGGUCCGCUUGGCAUGCCAGGCAUUUCGCGAGCAGCUACAGGGCCGUUGUGUUGCCAUUUUCACGGACAACACGACGGCCAUGUAUUAUAUAAACAAACAAGGAGGAACACGAUCUUCCCCCCUUUGCCAAGAGGCUCUGAAACUGUGGGAAUUUUGCAUAGCCCAGUCGAUCGACUUGAUAGCCUCUUUCCUCCCAGGGGUCCGGAAUACUCUAGCGGACCGACUGAGCAGAUCGUUCCUGACACACGAAUGGUCCAUCCGUCCGGACGUCCUGUUUUCUGUCUUCCGGAGGUGGGGCUUUCCCCAGAUAGACCUGUUCGCCUCCAAGGACAACAGGAAGUGUCAGAUGUUCUGCUCCCUACAGGGCCGCUCCCCGGGCUCCCUCUCGGACGCCUUUCUCAUUCCAUGGACGAAGGGCCUCCUGUAUGCGUUUCCCCCGUUCCCGUUAGUCCACAGGGUCCUGCUCAAACUGCGCAGGGACAAGGCCAGGAUGAUUCUGAUCGCUCCGGCAUGGCCGAGGCAGUAUUGGUACACCAUGCUGCUCGACCUGUCCCUGGCGCCUCCAAUAUCACUACCUCUCUACCCGGACCUUAUAACACAGGACUUCGGCAGGCUUCGUCACCCAGACCUCCCGUCCCUACACCUGACGGCGUGGCUCCUGUCUGGUUGAACGAGUCUGAGCGCCAGUGCUCCGCCGAGGUCCAACAAGUCCUUUUAGGUAGCAGGAAACCCUCUACGCGGGCCACUUAUCUCGCAAAGUGGAAGCGAUUCUCAUUCUGGUGUGCACGGAGUUCCAUGGUCCCUACUGCCGUUCCAGUCUCUGUAGUCCUGGACUACUUGCUCUAUCUCAAGGGCCAGGGCCUAGCCCUCUCUUCCAUUAGGGUCCAUCUAGCCGCAAUCUCCACCUUCCAUCCUGGAGAGUCCGGUACUUCCACCUUUUCACACCCCAUCGUUUCCAGGUUCCUUAAAGGAUUGGAGAGACUCUACCCUCCGGUUAAGCCUCCUUCCCCUACGUGGGAUCUGAACCUGGUACUCUCUAGACUCAUGGGGCCCCCUUUUGAGCCGUUAGCGACCUGCUCCUUACUAUAUCUGUCAUGGAAGACGUCCUUCCUGGUAGCUAUCACCUCUGCCAGACGAGUAUCCGAGCUCCGUGCGCUGGUCGUAGACCCACCUUACACCAUCUUUCACAAAGAUAAGGUGCAGCUACGACCACACCCAGCCUUCCUUCCGAAGGUCGUCUCACCAUUCCAUCUUAACCAAGAUAUUUUCCUGCCGGUCUUCUUUCCGAAGCCGCACACCUGCCGCCGGGACCAGCAGCUGCACACCUUAGAUGUCCGCCGGGCCCUGGCAUUCUACAUCAGCAGAACUAAAGCCUUCAGACGCUCGCCUCAGUUAUUCAUAGCAGUGGCAGAGCGUAUGAAAGGUCUCCCUGUAACUUCCCAGAGGAUUUCAUCAUGGGUAACCUCGUGUAUCCGGACGUGCUACGAAUUGGCUCACGUCCCGCUUGGUCGCAUCACCGCCCAUUCUACUCGGGCUCAGGCCUCUUCGGCUGCUUUCCUGGCCCAAGUCCCCAUCCAAGACAUAUGCCGGGCGGCUACCUGGUCGUCCGUGCACACUUUUACAUCGCACUAUGCGCUGGUUGACCAAUCUCGAGACGAUGCCGCCUUCGGAUCAGUGGUUAAUUGGAACCAGCUGGAGCAAACCUUGUUCUAA